AGACGUUGUUCUAUCCAUGUCGAGCGCGAGAGCGCGUUUUCUCCGAAGAGAACGAGUCGGGGCAGAUUUGGUGAUCGAUCCCAUUGUUCAGAUCGAGGUGGCGGUGCGUAGCAUUGGUCGAGGCGGCUGCCUGGAGGCGGGCAGACCCGUUUGGUCAUUUGGACCCAUUUGCAUCCAGCAGCGACGUAUGGUCCGGGACCUAUCUUCUUGAUCUUCUCUGGUGGGAAGAUGAGCAAUUUGGAGCAAAUUCGCUCAGAUUUGCUCAUCACCUGCAGAGAUCCGGGUUGGCGGCAAAGCAGUGGACACUUACGUGAAGAUCUUGGUUGUGUCUUCCUCCUCUUCUCUAGACUUCAGUUUAUGUAUUUAUAUGUAUUCGUUGUUAUUCUGGUCUCUCCCUCUGCGAAAUUUUCGUCUUUCACAUUGUGGAGCUUUUUGGUUUGUGAGUUUUCUCGCUAUUCAAUGACUGACCGUCAGUAUCUUCAAAUGUAGGUCAGUUCGUUUUUGUUUUUAUUUCUUCCUUCUUGCUACACCUUCUUCUCUAGUAUUCUUUGGAGUUGCAGUACUGCGGGUUAUGAUUGAGGACUUCCACUGUUGAAUUUAACAAACUUAAGAGGACCUCCCUUGUAUAGUCCGAUGUUGAAGGUGGAGGCAGUUUUCCAACUCUUCUAUGGAGAAUACUUUUUCGAUAUCUGAAUAUUGGGCAUGUCCAACGUACAUGAGUGACAUUAAUCUUAGCAUCUGCCAUGCAAGGAACUUAAUGAAGAUUUAUCUCUAAAGACACUUCGAAAUCUAGAGCUUAACUUGAGAUGUGUGAGAGUACAAGCUUUAAGCACAAAAUCACAGGUGAGGUCAUUUAUUUUGAAGUUCAGCUGAACAAUAGAUCACCAAGGUUGCUCUUCUGAGAAUUUGUGAUCGUUCGGUUUGUUCAAAACUCAACCGGAUUCAGCCCAUUUCUACGAGGAACAAGUACAGGAAAGUAUCACCUCCCUAUGUGAAAAUUAGCCCUUGCAGUUAUGAGGACUUCAAUUCCAUUGUAUGCUCCUUCACUCGGCCAAAAGUGACUUUCGUGGAUCGGAGUCCAGCAUGCAGACUCGGAUCAACAAUACAUGCCCUAGAAUUCCUGCUUCUUGGCUUCUAGUGUGAUUCUUGCUCGCUGAAGGGUGUUCAAUAACUUCGACUGAUGAAAUCUGUUCCUUUUUUAGACAGCUUUUGCACCAAGGAUGUCCUUGAUGAACAAACUUUGAUACUCAAACCCAUCGCUACAUUGCCAGCUUCAUUUGGGCAACUAAUGGGUCGCUGGCUCACUGCUACAUGGUUCACAACCGAGAUUUCGGUUGAGAAAGGCGAACAGCUAACUAGGACUCAACCUUGUCAAAAAGUCACUUCGCUUCUAUUUAUAAGUGGUUGGGCACUCUUGUUACCAUCCCAAAUUGUGAUUGCAUGAAGUCACUUCUUUGAGAUGUAUUGAAGGGAUGUGAGUAAACCUCAUCGCUUUUACAAGUAUUAUCACUGCACCACAUGGAUACAAUAGGAGUUUUUUUCGUCUUUGGGUACAAUAGGAGACCUCUCUUUUUCGUUUUUUUUUCUCAACGAUUGAACAAGGUCAUACUUCGAUGUACAUACAGUUCUAGUAGAUUCUGCAUUAUCCUCUAGUUUGAUUUGAAAGUAAACUUAUAAAUUCCAACAAUACCAUUAAUGAUAUAAAAUU